GGGAGAAAAGCCCACUUGGUCAAAUGAAGUGAUCCAUUGAACCGAAUGUGUGUUCUUUCUCUCUCUCUCUCUAUCUCAGCCAAUUACCUAGUGUCCUGUCUUGCAUCUCUCCUUCUUUUCCUCAUUCAUUCGCCCUCCUUCCUUUCCUGAAGGCCUUGGUGAGCCCUGAUAGGCUUGCAGAAAAUAAAACCUUGGGCUUGGGAGAGGAGAGGGACAUUUGGGAGCGAGAUGGCGAGAGGGUCAGUGGCCUCGUUCCUACAUGGAUUCCUGCUCCUCGGUCUGUGGAAGCCUUCAUUGCAAGGAGGCGUGUACAUACCUGCAGGUGCAGGGGGAGGAGCAGGAGCUGGAUUAGGAGCUGGGACAGGACCAGGAGCUGGAUUUGGUCCAGGUGGUAGAGCAGGAACCGGAUUUGGCCCCGGUGGAGGAGCAGGAGUAGGCCCUGGAGGUUUUGGUCCAGCAGCUGGUGGAGCUGGACGAGGAGGAGGCCCAGGAGGAGUUGGACCAGGAGGAGUUGGACCAGGAGGAGUUGGGCCAGGAGGAGUUGGACCAGGAGGAGUUGGACCAGGAGGAGUUGGGCCAGGAGUUGGACCAGGAGGCUAUGGAACUGGUCUUGGGCCUGGUGGAGCAGGAGCUGGUGGUACACCUCAAAAAACAGGAGGUGGCUAUGGUGUUGGAGUCGGAGGUCCUGGAGGACUCGGGGUUGGAUUUGGAGCAGGUCUAGGAGGAGGAGGAGCAGGAACAGCACUGGGAGGCACUGGAUAUGGGCCUGGAGGAAGAUAUGGGCCUGGAGGUGGAGGAGGAUUUGGGCCUGGAGGUGGAGGAGGAUUUGGGCCUGGAGGUGGAGGAGGAUUUGGGCCUGGAGGUGGAGGAGGAUUUGGGCCUGGAGGCACUGGAACAGGUCCUGGUGGUGCUGGUGGAGUUGGGCCUGGUGGUGCUGGUGGAGUUGGGCUUGGAGGUGCUGGUGGAGUUGGACCUGGUGGUGCUGGUGGAGUUGGGCCUGGUGGUGCUGGUGGAGUUGGGCCUGGAGGUGCUGGUGGAGUUGGACCUGGUGGUGCUGGUGGAGUUGGACCUGGUGGAGUUGGGCCUGGAGGUGCUGGUGGAGUUGGGCCUGGAGGUGCUGGUGGAGUUGGACCUGGUGGUGCUGGUGGAGUGGGCCCAGGUGGAGCUGGUGUGCCAGCAGGAGUGCCAGUGUUUCCUCAGACUGGAGUGCCAGGGGGAGGACUUGGAGGGAAAAGCAGUGGAAAAGCCUCCAAAGUCCCAGGUGUUGGAUUACCUGGACUUUAUCAAGGGGGAAUUGUGCCUGAUCAAGGUUUUGGAGGGCGUGGAGUCCUGCCUGGUGUUGCCACAGGAUCUGGACUUGGACCCCAAACUGGAUCUGGAGUUCUUGGCCAGGGAGGAGUUGGAAAUGGAGGUGGUGGAGCUGGCCGAGGCGGUUUUGGUGGACAGCAGCUGCCAGGAGUGUUCCGUGGAUACCCGCUCAUAUCACCCAAGUCAGGAGCUGGGGGUAAAUCAAAGUCUCCAGCCAAAGCUGCUGCUAAAUACAGUGGGGGUGGGGCUGGAGCCGGAGGUGGGCCAGGUCAAGGGACUGGAGCCGGUGGCGUCCUUGGCGGUAUAGGUGGAGUUCCUGGGGGAGCUGGAAGCGGUCUCGGUUUUGGAGCCGGUGCUGGAGCUGGGGCCGGCACACAGGGAGGACCUGGGGGUGCAGGUGGAGUUCCGGGUGGAGGGCCUGGAGCAGGCUAUGGGGCUAGUGCCAAAGCACGUAAAUAUGGUCAAACUGGAGGUGCUGGUACCGGACUUGGCCAAGGAGUUGUACCUGCAUCUGGGAUUGGAACUGGAGGAGUACUAGGGGGUGGCUAUGGUCCUGGAGGAGCUGGUACUGGUCCUGGUGGUGCUGGCUAUGGGCCGGGAGGGGCUGGUCCAGGAGGGGCUGGUACUGGGCCUGGUGGUGCUGGUACUGGGCCUGGUGGUGCUGGCUAUGGUCCAGGAGGGGCUGGUACUGGGCCUGGUGGUGCUGGUACUGGGCCUGGAGGUGUUGGCUAUGGUCCUGGAGGGGCUGGUACUGGGCCUGGUGGUGCUGGUACUGGGCCUGGAGGUGUUGGCUAUGGUCCUGGAGGGGUGGGUACUGGGCCUGGAGGUGUUGGCUAUGGUCCUGGAGGGGUGGGUACUGGGCCUGGUGGUGCUGGCUAUGGUCCUGGAGGGGCUGGUACUGGGCCUGGUGGUGUUGGUACUGGGCCUGGUGGUGCUGGCUACGGGCCUGGUGGUGCAGGAACUGGACAAGGUGCUGGCUAUGGUCCUGGUGGAGCAGGAACUGGACCAGGAGGUGCCGGCUAUGGUCCUGGUGGAGCAGGAACUGGACCAGGAGGGGCUGGUAGUGGAGGAUAUGAUCGAGAUGCAAAAGCUCGUAAAUAUGGCAUGCUUAGUGGUGCCCUUGGAGUCCCAGGUGGUGGACAGGGUGCUGGACGUGGAGGACUUCCAGGAGGAGGUGCUGGGGCUGGACUAGGCCAAGGAGGAGUGCCUGGCAGAACAGGCUAUGGUCCUGGUGGUGCAGGAACUGGACCAGGAGGUGCCGGCUAUGGUCCUGGUGGAGCAGGAGCUGGACCAGGAGGUGCCGGCUAUGGCCCUGGUGGAGCAGGAGCUGGACCAGGUACUGGGUAUGGUCCUGGUGGUGCAGGAACUGGACAAGGUGCUGGCUAUGGUCCUGGUGGAGCAGGAACUGGACCAGGAGGUGCCGGCUAUGGUCCUGGUGGAGCAGGAGCUGGACCAGGUGCUGGCUAUGGUCCUGGUGGUGCAGGAACUGGACAAGGUGCUGGCUAUGGUCCUGGUGGAGCAGGAACUGGACCAGGAGGUGCCGGCUAUGGUCCUGGAGGAGCAGGAACUGGACCAGGAGGUGCAGGCUAUGGUCCUGGUGGGGCAGGAACUGGACCAGGAGGUGCUGGCUAUGGCCCUGGUGGGGCAGGAACUGGACCAGGAGGUGCAGGCUAUGGUCCUGGUGGAGCAGGAACUGGACCAGGAGGUGCUGGGCCAAGACCAGGAACUGGAGCUGGAGGAUAUGAUGCUGAUGCCAAAGCUCGUAAAUAUGGCAUGCUUAGUGGUGCCCUUGGAGUCCCAGGUGGUGGACAGGGUGUUGGACGUGGAGGACUCCCAGGAGGAGGUGUUGGGGCCGGACUAGGCCAAGGAGGAGUUCCUGGCAGAACCGGCUAUGGUCCUGGUGGAGCAGGUACUGGACCAGGAGGUGCCGGCUAUGGUCCUGGUGGGGCAGGAACUGGACCAGGAGGGGCAGGCUAUGGUCCUGGUGGAGCAGGAACUGGACCAGGAGGGGCAGGCUAUGGUCCUGGUGGGGCAGGAACUGGACCAGGAGGUGCAGGCUAUGGUCCUGGUGGGGCAGGAACUGGACCAGGAGGGGCAGGCUAUGGUCCUGGUGGGGCAGGAACUGGACCAGGAGGUGCUGGCUAUGGUCCUGGUGGGGCAGGAACUGGACCAGGAGGUGCUGGGCCAAGACCAGGAACUGGAGCUGGAGGAUAUGAUGCUGAUGCCAAAGCUCGUAAAUAUGGCAUGCGUAGUGGUGCCCUCGGAGUCCCAGGUGGUGGACAGGGUGCUGGACGUGGAGGACUCCCAGGAGGAGGUGCUGGGGCUGGACUAGGCCAAGGAGGAGUGCCUGGCGGAACUGGCUAUGGUCCUGGUGGUGCAGGAACUGGACCAGGAGGUGCCGGGUAUGGCCCUGGUGGUGCAGGAGCUGGACCAGGGGCAGGCUAUGGUCCUGGUGGGGCAGGAACUGGACCAGGGGGUGCAGGCUAUGGUCCUGGUGGGGCAGGAACUGGACCAGGAGGGGCAGGCUAUGGUCCUGGUGGGGCAGGAACUGGACCAGGAGGUGCUGGCUAUGGUCCUGGUGGGGCAGGAACUGGACCAGGAGGUGCAGGCUAUGGUCCUGGUGGGGCAGGAACUGGACCAGGAGGUGCUGGCUAUGGUCCUGGUGGGGCAGGAACUGGACCAGGAGGUGCUGGGCCAAGACCAGGAAAUGGAGCUGGAGGUACUUUAGCAUAA